AUGCUCCCAGCUGAAAGAAUGUUGGACGACAUAAUGCGGGUACUUGGUGCGACCGUAGCGAGAGUUGCAACUCCGCGAGAUAUCGUCAAUUACGAGGCUCAAAGGACACUGCGUGAGAGAAAGCAUGAAGACUCCAGGCUCUCAACCCCUCUGCCAGACAACCAUGUGUUUGGAUUUUCGCAAGCAGACACCUCGAGACCGUCAGUCGACCCAAUAGACACGUCCAGAUUGGCCGAAGACGACAGCAACUUUGCGAAUCUUGCUCAAAGUAUCAAGAAACCUACGCUUCGUGAGAGAUAUUCUGUUGCUAAAGCCCUCAUCAUCUACUGGGAGAGAUGGGAUAAAUCGGAAGAGUACACCAGAGAAACCGACAGACUGAAAAGCUUUUUUCAGGGCUUACUUUUCGAGACGGAGACUUACACAAUCCCUGCUCAACAAAGCGAACUCAAACUGGAAAACUACGUGUUAAAGCAAGUACAGGAAUUCGCACAGCGGACACGAACUUUUCAAGACCCAUCCAUCCUGAUUAUCUAUUACGUCGGCCAUGGAGGCGAAGAUGACAAAAAAGAUGUUACUGGGACUGGCACAUCCCAAACCUCUCGAUUAGUCUGGCGACCCUUCCCUGGUAGUUCAGCAUCCGUGCGGUGGUAUAAGAUACAAAGAGCACUCGACCACGUUAUGUUCGACGUUCUUCUUCUCUUUGACAGCUACCAUCUCGCACAAGUGGAGAGUGCAAGAGAGCAGACAGUCGGCGAUUCGGAUGCUCGUAUGGAGCUACUUGCAGCUACAUGCAACGAAAAUCAAACGCUCCAACGGGGACCUGGAUCCUUCACGUUUGCUAUCGUCGAAAUCAUGGAGGAUUUCAUCCGGGGAUACAACCGUGUCGAGAUAUCUGAGCUCCACAGUGAACUACUUGAUCAGAAAGCUAGCUCGUACAACACUCCAUCCCACGUGGUCCUUCGCGUCGGUCCCUCGAAUCGCAGUAUCAUAUUGGAGGACCUCAACGUACUGCAAGGAUAUGAAGAGAGCAAUGCACCUCCGGGUCUUGGCAUAACCAGUGAAGCUCUCAGUUCUAUACCAGAAUCCAAAGAAUUGGGUACACCGACCAAGCCCACCAUAUCUUCAGAUCGACUGCUGGAGCAGUACAAGCAAUACUCUGAAUACGAGGACCCUUCUGUUAUCGAGAGACUGAAAAGACGUGUGGCGUGCCUCGCAGAUGUCCUGGAAUCCCAGAAGCAUGAGUCGUUCCACUGUCUCCAGCUACACGGUUGGAAGCACGAACCACAUCAUCGCCGCUUCGUGUUUUACUUUCAAGUUCCCAUCGAUUACGGUAAUGAGUCCAAAACCCUGUACGAAGCGAUUACCGAACUGAAGGGACAGUCACGACCCACACUCGAAGAACGGCUAGCUAUGGCCUUCCACAUCGCAUCAGCGGUCCGAAAUUGGCAUGGAGUCGACUGGGUACACCAGUCCAUAUCGUCUCACAACAUCAUCUUCUUGAAACCCUCCUCAGGAAGUUCGAGUGAUAGAUGGGAUUUCGACAGACCUUUGCUGCAAGGUUUCGGCUUUGCGCAACCAAUGGCGCCAUCUACGAUCGAACGCUGGUUCGAGAACAUCGAAUUUGACAUAUAUCAGCAUCCCGAUUGGCAUAGGGAUCCGAAAGAUAGUCCCAAGAGAGAACACGAUUUGUACUCUUUGGGUGUCGUCCUAUUGGAUAUUGGACUCUGGAAAUCGUGUCAAUCCGUGCUUGGGAAGCAUAGAAAAACAAUGAACAAAGGAGAGGUACCGAAACUACUGAUUGAAGCAGCUAGGGACGACCUGGCUUAUUGUGUCGGUUCCAACUAUCGGGAUGCAGUGCAGACUUGUCUCACAUCGGAGUUCAGCGCAAAACAUUACGAUGGAAUGGAGAUCAAGCUACUCGACGCGGUGGAGGAGAUGGUAUUGCAGAAGCUUCGGCCGAAGCCAAUAUUGUAG